AUGGGCAAAACGAAAGACUCAGGGGUGGAGGAGAGACCCAAAUGGGACAACAAGGUUCAGUACCUGUUAACAUGUAUUGGCUAUGCAGUGGGACUUGGAAACGUCUGGCGAUUUCCUUAUCUGUGCCAAAUCUACGGAGGAGGUGCAUUCCUCAUCCCCUACCUAAUAGCGCUGGUGUUUGAGGGCCUCCCCCUGCUCUACCUGGAGCUGGCUAUAGGACAGAGGCUGCGCAUGGGCAGCAUCGGUGUCUGGAAUUCCAUCUCACCACUACUGGGUGGAGUCGGAAUUGCCUCCAUGUUGGUGUCAUUCCUGGUAGGCAUUUUCUACAACACCAUCCUGGCCUGGGUGCUGUGGUAUUUAUUUCACUCUUUCCAAAACCCCCUGCCUUGGAGCCAGUGUCCACUCAAUGAUAACCUCACAGGCUAUAAUGUGGAGUGUGAGAAGAGCACUCCAGUGAACUACUUUUGGUACCGGGAGACCCUGAACAUCACACCUGACAUCGAGACCAGUGGCUCCCUGCAGUGGUGGUUGGUCAUCUGUCUGGCCAGUGCCUGGUGUGUGGUCUACAUCUGCUUCAUCAAAGGCAUCGAGUCCGUGGGAAAGGCUGUGUAUGUGACAGCCACAUUCCCUUACCUGGUGCUGACUAUUUUCCUGAUCCGUGCCCUCACUCUGCCUGGAGCAACUGAUGGACUGGUGUACCUCUUCACUCCUGAUUGGGAGAUACUGAAGAACCCUCAGGUGUGGCUAGACGCUUCCACCCAGAUCUUCUUCUCUCUCUCUGUGGCCUCUGGAGGUCUCAUAGCUUUCUCCAGCUACAACGAAGAGAAAAACAACUGUGAGAGGGAUGCUGUUCUAGUAGGAUUAAUAAAUAGUGCCACAUCUCUCUACGCCUCCAUUCCCAUCUUCGCCAUCCUGGGAUUUAAAGCCACCACCGCCUACAACUCCUGUAUUAAGGGAAACAUCUUGGCUCUUACCAACUACUUUGAGUUUUCAGACCAGAACAUAACCGUGGAGAACUAUGAUCACUGGCUCGAGUAUUUAAAUGGAACAUCUCCAGGCGAGGUGGCCAGUCUGGACCUGACGUACUGUAACCUGCAAACCUUCAUUGACCAGAGCGCGUCAGGUACCGGCCUGGCUUUUAUUGUGUUCAGCGAAGCAGUGAUAGAGAUGCCAGGCUCGCAGAUAUGGGCAAUACUGUUCUUCGUCAUGCUCUUCAGCUUGGGUCUCUCCUCCAUGUUUGGCAACAUAGAGGGAGUCCUCACGCCCAUCAACGACCUCAAGCUAGUGCCUAAGUGGAUCCCAAAAGAACUUGUAACAGCGAUCAUCUGCUUGGUAGCCUUCUUGACGGCUCUCAUCUUCACCCAGGGUUCGGGGAACUACUGGUUUGAAGUCUUCAACAGCUACGUGGGCUCUGUACCUCUGCUAAUCGUUUCAUUAUUUGAGAUUACUGGAGUCAUUUAUGUCCAUGGAAUGAAAAAUUUCAAUGAAGACAUCUAUUUCAUGACUGGGAAUAGGCCUAACAUCUUCUGGAAGGCAUGCUGGAUGGUGAUCAGUCCUUUAAUUCUCCUGGUGGUGUUGAUUGCCUACGUGGUCGUCCAGGCACAGACAAUCCCAUCUUAUUCCACAUGGAACCCAGCCUAUGAACUAUUCCCCCAAACUGAAGUGAAGCCCUAUCCAGACUGGGUGUUUGCCAUAAUCAUCCUCCUCUGUGUAGUACCUGUGAUCUCCAUCCCUCUGGUGGCUCUCUACAAACUGAUCUGCUGUAGAAUCAGGAAGUCCUCUGCUCGCACCGACCUAAAUCCCUACUGCAACAAUGGCUUUGAGGUUGAAACACAGGAACAGAAGAACCAGAGAGCUUAA